AGCUCGUUAGCCGGUAUGACAGUUAAAGGAAUGGCGAGCAGCUGAGCAGUUUUAGUCAAAUUUACACCGAGACACACGUGAACGUGUCUGUUAGAAGGGUCUUUUACAAUCAUCUGGGAAAUACGUGGCGGAUGGCCCGGGCAGCACUUGCAGUGGGACCAACACAGAAAGAGGGGUCACCUUCCUGAACCUCUGAAUGAGGAAUGAACUUAAACCCCUUCUGGAGCAUGUCUGCCAAUACAAGUCGUACGCAGAGAACCGACGGCGGCGAGGACCAGAGCGGGCACGGCGAGCCCAGAGCCAGCCCGGCCCGGCUGCCCUUCGGCAAGAAGCAGCUCCCGCCCAUUCCCAAGAACGCCACCCCCGUCACCAAGCCCGCGUCCACGGGCGCCCCGGCCCCGUCGGCCAACGGCACGCACGCCUCGUACGGCCCCUUCUACCUGGAGUACUCUCUGCUGGCCGAGUUCACUUUGGUGAUUAGGCAGAAACUGCCGGGAAUUUAUGUCCAGCCGUCCUACAAAUCUGCUCUCAUGUGGUUCGGGGUCAUCUUCAUCAGACACGGCCUGUACCAGGAUGGAGUCUUCAAGUUCACCGUGUAUAUUCCAGAUAACUAUCCAGAUGGAGAGUGUCCUAAAUUAGUCUUUGACGUCCCAGUCUUCCAUCCUCUCGUCGACCCCGUUUCUGGAGAGCUCGAUGUCAGGAGAGCGUUCACCAAAUGGAGACGGAAUCACAACCACAUCUGGCAGGUCUUGAUGUACGCACGGACGGUUUUCUACAAGAUUAAUACCACGGAGCCACUCAACCCGGAGGCGGCUGUGCUAUAUGAGAAGGAUGUGCAGUUAUUCAAAAGCAAAGUGGUGGAUAGCGUGACGUUAUGCAACAGUCAUCUUUUUGACCAGCCCAAGAUGGAGGACCCGUACGCAAUAAGUUUUUCUCCGUGGAACCCAGCCGUUCACGAUGAAGCAAAAGAGCGGAUGUUCACAUGCAAAAGACGGCCUGACGACCACCACAAGGGAUCCCAGGUGUCCGGGCUGUCUUGGGUGAAGCCCGGAUCGACGCAGCCCUUCAGCAAAGAGGACGGUCCUCCCCCGAGCUGAGCCUGCAGUGUGGGCGCAGCGGCCACUAGAGGGCGGCAGAGCGCACCGGAUACAUCCGGCUGUUUUUAAUGUGAACUGGAUCCUUGAAAACUGCUUGGGGGAGAACUUCAUGUUAACUCUCUACAUUAUUGUUCAGCUUUAAAGGCUUUGUAGGCACCUCCUCAAACGGCUUUAGGAUAAGGAAAGUUUGUAUUAUAUGUAAAUCGACGAUGACGAAUGGAUGUCCCGGCAACCUCAUUUAGGCUGUGAUGCAAUCAAAGAGCGUUGUCCAUUCGAGUUUCAGGACCGUGCACAUCUUGACGGUGAUGCAACAUGCUGUCCCAAAAAUUGUUCUGAAGUGUUCAUAUGGUAAGUUUAGCGGACGACGGGAUCUCGACAGCCUCAUUGGCUCAGGACUGUUUUAUUUGACGUGUGAAUGUAACCUUGCGAGCUCCUCGUUAACCAAUUAGACACGUUUUAUAUUUUGCUUCUUAUUGGACAAUGAUAUAUAUUUUUUUUUAUUUUUAUCCCACCAUGUAAACUAUUGUCUUAGUUCCUAAUAAAUAUAUAUUUAAAAAAAGCAGAGCAGACUAGUAUGGUUUUAAAUGAGAUGCUGAAUCACUACACUUGUGUUUUUAUUUUGUCUGGUUUUAAAUAAUUUUUUGGAUGUUUUCUGUACCUUUUUUGACUGUUUUGGUUAUUAAAGGUCUGGGUUGUAAAUAAUAAAGGAUGCCGUACUAAGUUUUGACUUUUAAAGAAC